ACUGAGUUGGGUUGGUGGCACGGCUCAGAAGGUGUGCUGUAUGCGGUGGUGGAUGGUUGGGUGGCUUUUGCUGUGGUGUGGCUGAUCCGAUGGAUGACGCAGGGCAGGCUGGAAGACAGGCAAUUGGUUGGAUUGCCUUGCAUUCCCUUGCCUUGCCGUGACUUGCCUUGA